AUGCCCAGCAAGCGUAAACAUCAGGCUCAUCAUGGCGGCAUGAUUGAUGGCUUAGGUGGUCCGGCGACGGGAGCGGGCGCAUCACUGGGACCCCUGCCUGCUCGACGGGACGAAGACGGAGGAGCCUGGGUGCUGGCCACCUCAGGCAGGACAAGCUGGCGGGGAACGGGAUUGACGGGAAUUGCGGGAGCCCCAAGGGGGAAGAACCCACCCCAAAAGGAUGACUGGGGCGGGGCGAGGGCCGACGGCGGCAAUGAUGGACGAGGUACUAGUGAGGUUCGACCAAAAUUCAACGGUGGUACUUCCGUAGGGCAGCAGGACAAGGGGCAACCUAGGCCCAGCGGAAACGCGCGGGAGCAAAGCACGAAGCGGGCGGGGUCAACGUCAACAUUCUCCAAUUCAUGA